UCGAAGGCGGCCUCAGGGCGGGUGGCGGGGCUGGAGGCCGAGGGGCCCAGAGGAAGGGUCCGCGAGGGUCGCCCUCCCAGCCUGUCCACAGUGCCCACCUGGGCUCUUCAGGCGCGUUUCCUUCGGCGGGUGGGCACCGAGGCGCCUUGGAAAUGCCGCGUGUUGUUUAUUCCCGUAGAAGCGGAUGGGGGUUGUUGAGUGGUGUUGCGGGUGCUUCUGAUGGGAUUCUCGUAUUCAGUGAGCCGCUGGGUUAAGAAAAAUACGGAGGGGUCUCUGCCGUCCUGGAGUUCACCUGCUGUCUGGGUUGAGGAGACAGACGACGAACUAACAAGAUAACGUCCAACAGUGGCAUCAUGGAUAAGUCUAAGGAAAACUGCAUUUCAGGACCCAUUAAGACUACACUUCCACUUGGUGAUGGUCCGAAGCGUGUUCCAGUGACUCAGCCAUUCCCUUCUCAGAACCCAUUGUCUGCAAGUGGUGGCCAGGCUCAGCGGGUCUUGUGUCCUUCGAAUUCCUCCCAGAGCAUCCCUUCACAAGCACAAAAGCUUGUCUCCAGCCGAAAGCCAGUUCAGAGUCAGAAGCAGAAGCCAUUGCAGAUAACCACUGUACCUCGUCCUGUCUCCAGGCCACCCAACAACACCCCAAAGGGCGAGCAGGCCCAGCCGCCAGCAUCUGGAAAUAAUUCUGGAAAGGAACUGGCGUCAAAACAGAAAAAAGAAGAAUCAAAAAGAAGGCAAUGGGCUUUGGAAGAUUUUGAAAUUGGCCGCCCCUUGGGUAAAGGAAAAUUUGGCAAUGUUUAUCUGGCAAGAGAAAAACAAAGCAAGUUUAUCCUGGCUCUUAAAGUAUUAUUUAAAGCUCAGCUAGAGAAAGCAGGAGUUGAACAUCAGGUGAGAAGAGAAGUAGAAAUACAGUCCCACCUCAGGCAUCCUAACAUCCUCAGGCUGUACGGUUAUUUCCAUGACGCCACCAGAGUUUACCUAAUCCUCGAAUACGCACCUCUUGGCACGGUAUACAGGGAACUUCAGAAGCUUUCAAAGUUCGAUGAGCAGAGAACUGCUACCUAUAUCACGGAAUUGGCAGACGCCCUGUCUUACUGUCAUUCCAAGAAAGUUAUUCAUAGAGACAUUAAGCCGGAGAACCUGCUCCUCGGAUCCACUGGAGAGCUGAAGAUUGCAGAUUUUGGGUGGUCGGUGCAUGCCCCGUCCUCCAGGAGAACCACUCUCUGUGGCACCCUUGACUACCUGCCUCCUGAGAUGAUUGAGGGCCGAAUGCAUGAUGAAAAGGUGGACCUCUGGAGCCUUGGAGUCCUUUGCUAUGAGUUCUUAGUUGGGAAGCCUCCUUUUGAGGCGAGCACAUACCAGGAGACCUAUAACAGAAUUUCACGGGUUGAGUUCACAUUCCCUGACUUGGUAACAGUGGGAGCCAGGGACCUGGUCUCAAGAUUACUGAAGCAUAAUCCAAGCCAAAGGCUGACGCUAAAAGAAGUACUUGAGCACCCCUGGAUUACAGCCAACUCGAAAAAACCACCAAGUAGCCAGAACAAAGAACCAACUAGCAAACAAUCUUAGGAAUCUUGUGGGGGGAAAUCUGAGCCAAGGCCGCUGUAUAAUCCGGCAGGAAAAUGCUACUGAAACUUCACCCGCUGUGGACUGCCUGCCCUCCAUCGAGAGCGCUGCAAAAAAUAAUUUUUUACUGAGCAUGCAGGACCUCAGGCUCCCUAUUCAGAAACCUCUACGUCAGUAAACGUGACGCUCUGUAAUCUCCCGGGCUCCACUGCACCUGCCCCAACAGCCCCAGGUGAGGAGCCUUGUGGGCGACACAGGUGGAGGCUGGUGGUGGGAAGUGCCACCUUCGCCCUGAUGAUUAAAGGAAGUGCCGUGCAAUAACCUCCAAGUCCCCGAGUGUGUGUGUAACUUAUUGGGUGGCCGCGCCUGGCAAAGCUUUUGGAAUGGACACUUGAUCUUUGUUUCCGAUGUUAAAAUAAAAGACUUUUGCAUA